AUGUAUAAAGCAUAAACCCUGCAACUCCAAAACAAAUCAANAGAAGCUCUUAAAUCUGAUUUAAUGGGUAUGUUUGAAAAAAGAAGAUGCUAGAAAUUCUUGGCCUAUGUAUCCAAUUAUGAAGCAAGUAAUCCAAAGACUCAUGAUGGUAAAAUGUGAUUAAUAUUAUAGGAUUGAAUCUCAAUCAAAUGUCAUGUGCUUAAUUACUUAAGAAAUUUGAAUUAGAGCCAAAUACAAUUGAUUUCAUUGGUCAUGCUGUUGCAUUAUACUCAAAUGAUCUAUUCUUAGAUAAGCCAGCAAUUUAAACAAUUGAAAAGAUCAAAUUGUAUAUGGAUAGUAUUGGAAGAUAUGGAGAUAGUCCAUUCAUAUAUCCAAUUUAUGGAUUGGGUGGUAUUCCAGAAGGAUUUUCUAGAAUGGCUGCUGUAAAUGGUGGUACAUUUAUGUUAAAUGCUGAUUUGGAUGAAGUAUUAUUUGAUGGGGAUGGAAAAGUAUAAAAAAUAUUUAAUUUUAGGUAUGCGGAUUAAAAUCAGAGAAAGUUAAGGAAUUAAUGGGAAUAGAAUAAAUUAAUUGUAAAAUGAUUAUUGCUGAUCCAUCAUAUGCAUUAAAAGCAAAAUUAUCAAAUAAAGUUAAAUCUAUUGGAAAGAUAGUUAGAUGCAUUUGUAUUCUUAAUCAUCCAAUUCCAAAUACAAAGAAUUUACCAUCUGUUUAAGUUAUUAUUCCUUAAAGAUAAACAGGCAGAAAGAAUGGUAGAUAUAUUAUUUUAAUUAGAUUAGAUAUUUAUGUUAUGAUGGUUAGUGAUGUUCAUAAUGUUUGUAAGAAAGGAUUCUUUAUUGCUAUAUUAAGUACUAAUGUUGAAACCAACAAUCCAGAAAAAGAAUUAGAGCCAGCAUUUGAAAUUGUUGGACCAGUCUUAGAGAAGUUUAUUACUGUAAUAUAAAUAAUAAAUAUUAUAGGUUUCUGAUGUUUAUGUUCCAACAGAUGAUGGAUCUAAAGAUAAUAUCUUCAUUUCAAGUUCAUUUGAUCCAUAAUCCCAUUUUGAAGGUGAAACUUAAUAAGUGUUGAAUGCCUACAAAAAAAUUACAGGAAAAGAUUUAGAUUUAACCAAUUUACCAUUAGAUUAGGAUGAUUAAUGAUAUAUAAAUAAAAGUAAAGCAAAUAUAUAUAUUUAUUAAAUGAUGG